UGGUGACCUAGCUGAAAAAUUCUUGUGUUGUGGCGAGCCCGGAAGCAGGACAAAAAGAGCACGAGCAGAGUGGGGCAAGGUAAGACCGCGUGAGGCAGAGGUAGCGGCGCCGUUCGAGCAGCCCGCCCCGCCCCGCCACUCGCUGCCUCGCCACAACAACAACAAUGGCCGAGGCUCCGCCAGACGACUGUCGCCCCCUCAAAUACUCUAUCCACAAAUUCUCCACGUUCUCGUCCAAUUAUGUCCCAGAAUUAAAAUAUUUCAGAAACAUCCUGGAGGACAAGCCAAGCAAUCAGGGAUCUCGGUGGUCUUCAGACUCCAACAACCCCCCACAGUACCUCAUCCUGAAACUUGACAGACCAGCAAUACUCAGGACCAUAAAGUUUGGCAAGUAUGAAAAAACACACGUAUGCAACAUUAAGAAGUUUCGUGUCUAUGGGGGCUUGUCUGACGAAAACAUGAUCCUCUUACUGGAAAGUGGAUUAAAAAAUGAUACAGUUCCUGAAACAUUCCUUGUGAAGUACACAGUGGCAGGACACCAGUUUCCUGUUCGCUUUGUUAAAAUUGUUCCACUGCAGUCAUGGGGAUCCACAUUCAACUUUAGCAUCUGGCAUGUAGCUUUAGGCGGCUUUGAUGAAUGGACGAUGGUACAGAAGUGUAUUAAUUGGUACACAACGUAUCGGGAAAGAGAAGCUAUUCGACUCUGUUUGAAGCACUUCCGCCAACACAACUACACCGAAGCUUUUGAAUCUCUUGAAAAACGAACUCGUGUCACCCUAGAAGACCCAAGACUGACCAGGUUGCACAAAAUGCUUGUGGAUCAAGGGGACUUUGAUGGUUGUGAGCAGCUUAUUGGUGAGGCUGCUGAAGAGGGACUCUUCCAACAAUACAUUAGGCAGCAAGAAUACAAACCACAGUGGACCCCUAUCAUCCCCAAUCCUGGAGGCUCCUCAGGUCCCCCUCCCAGGCCUGGCAUGCGAGGUGGCCACCAGAUGUGCAUAGAUACCAAUACUCAGACCAUAUACUUAUUUGGUGGCUGGGAUGGCAUGCAGGACUUGAGUGACCUGUGGUCGUAUCACAUCUCCUCCCAGGAGUGGACGUGCAUCACUCGAGACACUCAUGCUGAGGGAGGUCCCAGUGCUCGCUCCUGCCACAAGAUGUGUCUGGACCCUGAACGUCGCCAGAUAUUCACUCUUGGUCGAUAUCUUGAUUCUGCAUUAAGAAUUCCUGAUAACCUAAAGAGUGACUUCUACAUGUAUGACAUAGAGAAUAACAAGUGGACGCAGGUAACAGAAGACACAGCCUCCCUCGGUGGUCCCAAGUUAAUUUUUGACCACCAGAUGGUGAUGGACGUUGAGAAGCGUAUCAUCUACGUCUUCGGGGGACGAGUCCUGACCCCCUCAAGAUGGGAGGGGUGCGUUGGGGGGCUGGGUUUAGAUGAGCUGCGUACCAAUAACUACACUCCCAGUGAGGCCAUCUUCUCAGGGCUGUAUGCAUACCAUGUGUCCACAAACACCUGGACCAAACUGAGAGAUGACUGCUCGGGCAACUCCACUGGCCCUCAGGACAUCAAGUCUCGCAUUGGUCAUUCAAUGUUAUUUCAUAGUGGAAGCCGGCAGCUAUUUAUUUUAGCAGGACAACGAAUAAAGGAAUACCUCACAGAUUUCUUCAUGUAUAACAUUGACACAGACACUGUCACCUACAUCAGUGAUGGCACCCGUAAAGACUCCUCGUCUGUGCCUGCUGCUGGCUUUACCCAGAAGGCCACUAUAGAUCCUCACCUGAAUCAAAUACAUGUCCUCUCGGGACUGAGCAAAGACAAAGAUAAGAGGGAUGAAAAUGUUCGCAACUCCUUUUGGGUUUAUGACAUUUCUCAAAAUAAAUGGUCAUGUAUAUAUCGUAAUGAACAGACGGGGGAGUCAUACUGGAGUAAAAUGCAACACGUAGAGCCCUGCCCUCGCUUUGCUCACCAGUUAGUCUAUGAUGAUGUCAAUAAGGUCCAUUAUCUGUUUGGUGGAAAUCCAGGCAAAGCCUCCUUGCCUAAGAUGAGGUUGGAUGAUUUUUGGUCCUUGCGCCUGUGUCGGCCGUCAACCCAGCAACUGUAUCAAACUUGUGUGCUUCUCAUCAGAAAACACAGGUUUAGUGAACUAGCACGGGAGAACUCUGUAAUGGCCCUGAAAUAUCUCCAGACCAGGCUUCAUAGUGCUGUUGAUCACAGUGAUCCUCAGCAAGUGCAGGAGUUUCAGGCUCUUGCCACAACACUCUUCCAGCCUCAAGAUGAUACGUCAGUUGGAUAUGUUCAGGCCUUUCCAGAUGACGACAGCAGCUCCACACCAACCACGACAGAUCUCGGUUGGAGGCACACGGCUCGGUCAAUGUUGUUUGAUCAAUUAACUCAGUUCUUUCCUGAACACAUGACUCAACCUAGAGGUAAUUUGGUAGACCUCAUACCUUAUUGAUAUAUGUAUACAUAUUUUUUUUUAGGCAAUACAAUGAGAUUUCUAUUGUUUAUGAUCCAACAAUAUAUUGUUUCUGAUACCUUCAUACACUAAAAACUGCAACCCUAAUGUCAUUUAUGUAUAAUUUUAAUCUUUUAACAAAUUAAUUUAAGACUGAAUUGUAAAGAUGAACAUAUUGACCUUAAAAUCCUUUCUCUCUGAAGAGUUAUGUAUUCAUAAUGAUGUCACAAGAGUUUUACGGGGAUGUUUGUAACAAACAUGAUAACUUCAUUAAUUGACUUUAUUAUUAUUUGAAUAUAAACCCAAAGGAAUCAUUAAGAAUAUUUACAGAGUGUAACUUCAUUAGUAAUCAUGUUUUUAUAACUGUGUUAUUAGGCAAUAUUUAUUAUGAAAUUCAGUCAUCAAAAAAUAGUGAUCUGAGAUCACAUAUUUUUGUUAACCAUUAUCUUUAAGAAACAUUUGCUGUUGCCAUUCCUCCUGCUGUUCAGCAUGUUUAUUUAUUGGGAAAAAAGUGCAUAUGUUUAAAUUAGUUUAAAACAAAGUCAUUAUGUUUAUUUCAAACAAGCAUCCUUCUCAUACACACUACUUACACACACACACACACACACACACACACACACACACACACACACACACACACACACACACACACACACACAAACUCAAUAGGCUUUAACCAUGUGAAAAGUAUUGACUUCUAUCCUUGCUUCUGAAUACAAUAUGGAAGUGUGCAAAGUUGUUACAGUCACUGUUCUCAGUAACACUCAACAUCGCAGACUGGUAACUUAAAUACUACAGAACUAACAAGCAUUCACCCUCACUCAAUAUGUGUGAAAGCAUUCCUCUAGUCUCAUUGUACAAUAUCUCUUCAAACCAAGGCAUCUUAUCUCAUGGUUACUUAGUACAGAAAGCUAUGAAUAUUUAGGGUCUUUUUAAUGAUCUUUAUUUAUAUUCUAACCUUAUUUAAAUGGAUUAUCAUAUAAAAAUGAUGUAAAUUAAUUUAUAUGUUCGUGCAUUUCUCAUUUGCUUAUAAGAAUAAAGAAAUUCUAAUUAGUAUUUUUCUGAUAGUUCUUUAUUGCAUCUUAUCACUUUUAAUAACACUUGAGGUUUCUUAUGAUAUAAAUAUGUACAGUUCUUGCUAUCCCUGCUUAAUUGACUUAUGCACAUUUCUGAAAAUUUAGGCAUUAUUAUGUGAACAUUUUGCAGCUUCAUAUCACAUUAUAUUUUGUUACUUUUAAAAAAAUCUUAAUUUAUCUGAUAAAAUUUGAAAUACAGUAAAAGGGAAGAUGUUUUUAGAUUGUAGAGUUCUGAAUGUUGAAGUUUUAUUUACAUAUAUAUGUAACUAACUUGACAGGAAUACAUCAGUGUAAGUUACAUAUAAGAAAAAUAAGUGACGUGUUUUUUUUAUUAUUAUUACUUUAUUAUUAUUAUCAUUAUUAUUAUUAUUAUUAUUUUAUUUAUUUGUUUAUUUAUUUAUUUAUUUUUUAUUACAUAAACUGCAUUUUUAGAACGUUACACUGAAAAUUGGUAUUAUUAGUAAUGGUACUAGAGAAGAAAAGAAACACUACAUAUUGAAUUGUUUGGGUAGCUUGAACAAGUCUUUUGAACUCUAUUUUCUAACAAAAAAAAAUGUAAUACAAAUGAUUGAUAGUAUUUCAAGUGACAUACAUACAUACAAAUAUCCAAAGGAGCAUGUAAUUUUCAACGGUGAAGAUAUUCAAUAAGAACUAUGAUACAGGUAUAGAUUUUCCUAUUUAAGUGUUUUGUAUACUGGUGUAUGCUUGAAGCAUUCUGGCUGUGACAUUUGGGGGAAGGAAAUUUAUUUUCUUAUUUACAUGAGACAUAGCUAUCAAUAUAUCAGUGGGUAAUGGAAACCUCGGUACUGAUAUUGUUGGGAAAUUCUCCUCUCUCUUUAGUGUAGGGAAAUAUUUAUCGGCUCAUUACUCGUAUACUUUGCUCUUCGCUUGUAAAUGUCAUCAGAUGCUCUACCUGUAAAAUUUACUUGACAAACUUCAUGUUUAAAGGGAACUGAUGAAUUGAGAGAAUAGAAAUAACUAGGUUUUGUUUCAUUAUAAAGUGAAUUUGAAAUUCAGGUUUUCAAAAAAAAAUUAAGAAAGUUUUCUGUUGGAUGUUCUUUAAGUAAAUUUAAUUUGUUAAACUCCAAUAUUCAAAUAUAAGCUUUUAUUUGUAAAUGAUAGGAAGAGAUGUUCCUGAAGAUUAUUUCAUACCUUUAUCUUAUUCCUUUUCUUUGCUUUCCCUCAGUAUCAGUGAUGUUUUACCUACCUGUAACAGUCAUAUAUACAUAUAAUUGUGUUGCUUUUAUAAGAAACAGAAGACCAGAUUUCAUUUAUUUGAAAAUGACUGGUCUAAUUAAUUUCAUAAACUUUAUGAUCA